AUGGAAUCAAAAGCAAGCAAUUGGCGAUCCUAUCCUUUUCCCCGAUUCAUGACAAAACGCACAAGCCAGCCUGAAACAUGGUCUGUGCCAUCCGAAACGCUUGAAAUAAGCGUUGCAGUUGGGGCGAGGACAUUUAGCACAAGUGUAAUACUCUUGAACGUCUACAACUUCGUAUCCAAGGGACCUCGCCUGUUUGAGGAAAAACCAUCAUACCACCAAACAAUUCCUCUGUCUGUGACGAGACGAUGGAUAUCCUGCCCUUCCGAGCCAGGUUAUUUGCCACAUAUCCACUUUCAGUUACUAACUCACCAGCAAGCAGUUGACCACUCUGCCGUGCUCCACUUUCCGUCUACUUCCUACCGCGAACUAAAUAAGGAACGUGCUAAAAAAGUACCAGUGUAUAUUGGACAGAUGUCUUUUCUGGGCCUGCGCUCAUUCAAACAGGAAAUAAACAUGCUAACAAACCUAAAGAUUGAUCUAAUAUGGGGCAGUAAUAAUGAGAACAGCAGAGAUGAUGAAAGGAUGGCAAUGCAGAUGAUGGAAACAAGAGAUGAUUGGUGUUGCCUUAACGCUCUGAUCGUUGUUGAUAACGAGCUCCUAAACUUUAAGCUUGACGUGUAUGUCGCCUGGGACCAUGGAACGGAGAAAUGUGAUAUUGUCACUUUUCUCCGAGGUUUGAUCGGUUUCUCUGCAAGCAUGAUCCAGUAAAUAUUAUCAAUCAUCUCCUUGAAUGAUGCUUGCUUGAUCGGAUGCUCCUCUGAUGUGACCUGGACUGGCUUGUCGGGCCCCAACACAAAACUUAUGGGUGGAAAGAUAGGAAUAAACAAUAGAAACAACUUGCCACUUGCUUGAGAAAAUUCUGAUGAUGCAGCUGCGGCAAUCCGCUUGGUGUGCUCACUUCUCCUUGCUCAGGUUUAUUGAAUAGCG